GGUCACUAGAAUCUAGAUAAGUUUCCAACUUUCCAAGCGCCAUGUCUUCUUUGAAUUUGUGACGUUGCAAACUCAAUCUUGAAGGCCCAUGUCCAUCAUCAAGUCCUUGUUUUCCAAGUGUGCUGGAUUUUCGGGAGGCCUCAUCAGCGGAAGCAGCGAGUUCCCUCAAUUCCUCAUUCUGGGCCUGGACAAAUCGGGCAAGACAACCUUGCUCUACAGGCUCAAGAUUGGAUCUGGAUGGACGAACAUUGCCUCUGACAUGGCAGAUAUGCGAACACCUCAAGAUGGAAAGGUGGAAGACCCAGGCUAUCACUAUGAGGAGCUGACAAGGUCCUUCUCUGUGGGUGUGUGGGAAGUUCCUGGAACCGAAGCAAUGAGGCACAUUUGGAAGCUUUUCUACCAGUCCAUCAAGAUCCAUUGUGUCGUCUUUGUGGUCGCUGGGGAUGAGACAGAAGAAAGGAUUGAUGCAGCCAAGCGACACCUGCACGUACUCAUGAGCGAGGCAGAGCUCCGCAACACCUGCUUUUGCGUCAUCAUCAAUCAAAAGCUGGAUGAGAUGUCGAAUCCGGUCUACGAUGAAAAGGAAGAUGUGAUGAAAUACAAGCUCGGACUGCAUGAGUUGCAUCCGUCCAUCGACUGGCGAACCAAGCAUUUCAUCAUGAACAUUGUCGAGCUGAAGGGAGAGUCAGACAAGGAAUGGGUGCAAGUCAUGCUAUUUGCCAAGGAGACUCUUUCCAACGCAAAGGGCUUUGGAUUGAAACUUUAGAAGCUUGAGAAAAAAGCGAACAAAGUCUAGAGCUCAGCAAUGUCUUGUCUCACCCUCCCGACAAAGUGCUGGAGAAAAGUCAACGAACACCUGGCUGCUUUCUACUUGUUUUGCACACGUUUAGGGCGUAGGUUUGUAC